GAAUCUCAGUGCGUUUGGGGGUGUCUCUCGCCGAUCAAAAGAGAAAGAGAAUGAGGGUGAAGAUGGAGGCGGAAGAUGGCGGUGGAAACCCUACUCACAAGGCGCUGAACAAGAAGGUGGUGGCCAUGCUGUACAAGGCGUUGGCAGCCGGCGACGGGGACACGGUCUCGAAGCUGGCGACGUCGAACGAUGACUUGGAGUGGAGAUACCACGGGCCUCCGCAGUGCCAGUACAUGAUGCGGGCGCUCACGGGUCACCACCGGCGGCACGAGCCGGAGGACCAGAAGUUCAAGUUCAAGCCCAGGAGGAUCAUGGCCUUCCGCGACCGGGUCAUCGUCGAGGGUUGGGACGGACUGGAUGACUACUGGGUGCACGUUUGGACCCUCAAGAUGGAUGGUUCCCGCCCCGUCAUCGCCGAGUUCCGUGAGUACUUCAACACAUGGCUCACCGUGCUCGUCCGAUCCUUUGGUAAAGAGGUUAGGGUGUGGCAGAGCGAGCCUCGGUUGCAUCGUAACCGCUCCUUGCCGGACAUCGUCCUCGCUAUUUGAUCCGUGUUCCAUUUCCUUUUGCAUUUGAUUCUCUUUUAUGUAUGAAAUAAAAGUCUUAUUGUAAAAAUAAGGUGGUAGAUAACGCAAGCAUCGGUAGCUAGUCCACGGGGAG